GAGAGAGAGAGAGAGAGAGAGAGCCAAAAAAGCAAAGAGUUUAUAAUUUGUCGUAUCAACCUCCCCGACCAAGCAAACUACCAAAGAAACCAACUACCUUUCCAUUUUCCAAAGUCUUUCAAACUCUUCUCAGCUUUCCAUUUUUUUCACUUACAAAACACUCUCUUCCCAAUUCUAUCACUCUUUUUUUUUUUUUUUCCCUUAAUAAUUUAUACAAAUAUUUUUAUAUGCCGGAGAGGGGUCUGCGGCGAAGAACUCCGGUGACGGGUGACCGGAGGAAUAAUAAACCACCGCAUCCGUCCCCUUCUCCUAGCCGCCGGACCCCAACUCCUCGCCGAUCUUCCAAGCAUUCAAAACCCAUCAAGAUUCUUAAACGAUGCUUGUCGGAACCCACUCUUUCGACCGGAAACGAUUCCGGCGACGAUGAUCGCCGUCUGGGUUUGAAGUCGGAGGUUGUUCUUUUCCGGCCUCACACUUUUACUGAUGUUUUCGCUUCUUCCCCUUCGUUGCUACCUAUCUCCCCUCACGAAAUUAAGGGAUACAAUAAAGAUUCAAAAGUGGUGGUAAAUGUGACCGUUGAAGGAAGUCCAGGACCAGUUCGGACAAUGGUGAAAUUAGGAUCCAAAGUGGAAGAUACAAUUAAGCUUGUUGUAGACAAAUAUAGUGAAGAAGGAAGAACACCUAAGCUUAAUAAGGAUUCAGCGUCUUCAUUUGAACUUCACCAUUCUUAUUUCAGUCUUCAAAGUUUGGAUAAGGAGGAGAUAAUAGGAGAUGUGGGCACCAGGAAUUUCUACCUAAGGAAAAGCAGCAGCGGCCGCAGCAGUAACAAUGGCGGAUCGACUUCUUUUGUCUCCGACAAUAAUAUUGUUGCGGUAAGAGCUACCUCUCCUCCACCUCCUGCAUUUUUAUUCUCUGAUUUCAUUGCUCGAAAGAUUGGCAAAAUUAUGAGAAGAGUUCAGAAGCUUUGGAAUGUAGUGGUUUGCAGCCGCUGAAGAUGUCCAAGAAAACAAUGGCCGUAGCAAAUUGUUUGAGUAACAUAACAUAUUAAUCAUGUUACUCUUACCACUGGUUAGUCUAUUUUUUAUUUUAUUUUUUUAUUUUAUACCCCUUUUUUCACCCAAAAAGGAAAAAAAAAAAAAAUCAUGUUUCUGGCCAUUUGAUAUGAAUUCCUUCCUAUUCAAGUAACGUGUACAUAUUACCUUGUGAAACGCAUUUGCCCUUGGAGAAGACUUGCUUUCUAAAUUGUUCUAUAAAAUUCAAUUACCCCUUUUACAAACGUGAAAUAUAAUGAAAGAGAUUCAAUAUACUUUUCUUCAAA